AUGCAGGGUGGACCCCGUCGGGUGCAAAUGAGUCCUCGUGACGACGACCAACAAAAGAAGGGUCUGCAACAGCCCCAACUGACAGUCCACCACCACCACCAGCCGAUCCGGCCGCACUACCUGGACCCGCCUAAAUUUCCGAUCGGCGUUCCCGGGGGCUUUUUCAACCAGCCACCGCCACUGCACAAGCAGGAGCACUUCACUCUCGGCCUCCCCGGCGGUUUCGAGUUUUUCGCCAACAAAGUGCACAUCGUGCGGGGCAACACAAUUUCAGCGGUGGACCCCUCGCAUCUAGACUACCAGGGUCCGGAAACGGGGUACGUUCCGGCGGCCCGGGACAUUCCGCCAGUAAGCACGUACCAAAUGAACGACUUUUUUGGGUCCUCGUCCCAGAACACACCAACCUCUGCAGAAGGGUCAUCGAAUCCCUAUGCGCACUAUGACUAUCAGCAUCUAGGGGUCACGCAACGAAGCUCGGCCGUGGUGACGCGGGGGACACACAAUAAUCUCGAGCGAAAGGGAAAACGAAGAGCAUCGUGGUUCUUUUAAAGGAACAAGAUCCAUGUACGUUGUCAUGUCGGCGAAGACGUGGCCGAAAAGGAGGGUUGGUGGUGUUAGUUUUUCAAUCCCCAUAUAUUAAUCCAGCACUCUCAACUACCCCUUUCGGUAUUGUUAUAAUUCUGUAAAAGUAAGCGAUGAGCAGUGCGUAUCAAUUGAACCUGCCAUAAUUCGAAGAGUAAGUUCUUCGGCAUUGUUCUGGUGUUCUUCCCCCCAACAACCAAAAUCACGAGACACACGAAGAACUAAAA